UAUGGAUUGCGUUUUGCGGUACUGUCGUCUUAGCUACUAUUUUCCAAUGAGGCCUGUGCGCAUUUUUGAGGAAUGGAUGUUUGGACACGUCAUGCUGACUGUUUAUUUCCUCCUAUUCUCAUCCUGGUUAAAUUUCACCAAUGAUCACGGUAAUGAGCUCGCAAAACUCCUGUAUGACAUCAAUAUCAACCCAAUUGAUAUCUUGCAGAAAUGUCCAACUGUACAGGACAUAGUGAACAAUCAGAAUUGUUUCAAUCCUUCUGUCACAUCAAAUCAAGAGAGAGACCGUACACGUAUCCUUGAUGCAGUGAACUUUAAAGGAAAACUCAUACACUGUGGAAUUACUGAAAGAGCCAUUCAACAGUGUCUUUUGACGAUUUGCAAGUCAAUCGAAUGCAUAGACAGCUUGACAAGAGACAACUUGAAUAUUGAAAGGCUAAAAAGAUGUGAUGUAACCAUGGAUAUGUUAACGACAUUGACCACAAACCCAGAGACUGAUGCUUUCUACAAUAAGGCAUUUAUGGAUAGUUUAAAUUGGACAUUUUGGAAAGCCAUGUCUGAGUACUCAUUUGGAAUAUUUGGAUUUUGUACGUAUGUUUUAGGUUUUGUUAUGUGUCAGAUAAUUUGUCUACAUGGUUCAAUUGUAGGAAACAUCAGACAACUGGAAUGUAACAGUAGAACUGUAGAAGAUGAAAUAUUUACGCAGGGAAUGGUGAAACGGUCAAUUACGGUUCUUUGGAUGGGUAUGCAUAUGGCAUGGGCUAUUGUAUUGUUAAUGAUAUCACUAGCGUGUUAUGGUUGGAAUAACAUUGGCUUCCUUGUCAUUUUGAAUGUUUGUUUUAAAGCGGAAAUUCAUACCAAAACAAUAUACAUUGAACAAUUCGUUCAUGUGCUAAUAUGUGCACUUUGGGUAUACAGUUUCCAAUGUGUGUAUGCUUGGUACAUGACUUGUUUGAUGGUCUUUGGAUUGACAGUAUUACAAUGUAUCUUGAUGUUGUCGGAAACAUCCAUUUCUUUCGAACCAUUCUGCUCAAUUGAUGCAAAAAGACUUUUACAGGUACCUAGUAAUAAUAAUGAUGAAAAAAUAUUCACAGUGAUAUCAGAUAUAUUGAUGUGUACAGAAAACGAUGGGUUGUUACAGGAUGACGCCAUGCGAAUGUUAUCUUUUGGUAUAAAGGCUGCAUUUGUUGGAACUUUGGGAAGAACAGAGGGUGAUCAAUUAGAGUUGAUCAGACGUAUGCAUAGGGUAGGCAACAUAUUUUUAAAUAGCAGUUUGUGCAAGUCAAUGAGAAAUGUGAGAUUUAAGAAUAUUAAUAGCUCUGAGUUAAUUAGUCACAUUAUUGUCCCAUCCCUAAGACACAAUAAGAUACAGUCAGUUGAGAUCAUUAACAACUAUGCUCUAACGGAUAAUUGUGAUCUAAUAUCAGAUUCAUUGAUUGCAGAAAAUUACAGUUUGAAGGUCUUAGACAUACGAUUUGAACGCAAGUCAGGUUUUCAACAUAUGUUUUACUGGUUAUGCUAUGGGCCAAGGUCCAAUAUCAAAUUUACAUCAAAGGGUGUUAAGGAAUUAUUACAAGCAUGUGUUAAAAGAUUGGAAACUGCUCCGUUAGAAGCUGUUGUAAUCACCGGUUAUACACAAGCAUGUGUUAAAAGAUUGGAAACUGCUCCGUUAGAAGCUGUUGUAAUCACCGGUUAUACACCAGCGGACGAAAAUAUCGAAGAUCUCUGUGCACUACUUAGGUCAGAAGGUAUUUACGUAUUAGUAGAGCCAUAUAAUUAGCUUCUUAAUACAAAUGCUAACUUAAAGGCCCACUAUACUUAAUUUAGAAGAAAAAAGAAAAAAUGAUCAUUGAAUCAUAUUACUCACACACUCGCUCAAAUAUGACACAAAGUUUGAUUUGCUUUAAUACUAAACCAAAAAUAUAAUAACUCACAUAGAAAAAAACAUUUGAAGUUUAGAGAUAAUAAGAC